AUGGAAUGCAGUAGAGCCAGAGAGUACAUCAUAAGGGGGUUUGGCUUCGCUCUUCAGAUUUGGGCUUUUGAAGUCUUCCCAGCAUUGGAAGCAUUGCAUUUCACGGUCCAUGAAGACAAUAGGCACAUCCCUCGAAUAUUACAUUGGAGGAGCAACACGGUGGCCCGUUUUUGGGAGGUUAUGAGUCAGGUUUAUGAAAACUUUGAGGUUGAUGUGCAACUUCUCCGGCCGACUGAUAUUGAGAAGCAACAACCUUACUGGAGUUGGGGUGAUGAUGAGAACAAUGAAGAAAUUGUUCAAUUGUUUGGGGAUGAGGGCGAAGACAAAACCAGCACUUCUAGUGAAGAAAAAGAGGCGGAUGUUGAGGAAACAACUACCCUUCCCUCCUCUUCUAAGGGCAAAGGGUCUUUUAAUGACUUUGGCAGGUUGAAGCAUCAAUUAGAAAGCACUAAGGAUGAGUUAGCAAAGCUACGUAGUUCAAAUCGGGGCCUUAGGAACAGAGUUCGUGACUUGGAAGCUAUUGUAGACAAGAACUGUUUGAAGCAUGAGAAGGAGUGUGACAGAAAUAAAAAGGCUAUUGGGGAUUUGACCCUAACAAUUGCUUCAGUGGAACAUUAUUUUAAAUUGGAGAUGGAGGAGUUAAAAAAAUUAUAUGGUGGAGAAGGGCAUGAGGAAGUGUGGACUGCUCAGAUGAAUGAAGGAGGGCAGAAUGAAAUGUCACCCUUGAAUGAACUUACUACUCCGACUACAGCAGGGCCUAAAAUGGACGCACAAGUUGCAGGUGAUGGAGUGGAAGCCUUCCCAGGCAUGCAUACAGAACGGGCUGAAAUGGAAGCAACAGUCUAUGGUGGAGUGGAAGGGGCUGAAAGGGAAGCGGAAGUCCCUGCUGAUGGAGUGGAAGCUUUUGUAGCCAUGCAUAUACAAGGGGCUAAAAGGGAAGCGGAAGUCCCUGCUGAUAUUGUGGAAGGCUUCCCAGCCAUGGAAGUCGAAGCCGCUGAAAUUGACACUUCAGUUUGUGACAAACAAGUGCACCAACAACCUCACAAGGUUCCUACUUCGGAAGAUGUGAAGGUUCCUAGUCUUGAAGAUCCCCUCAUUCCUAGUCCGGAAGAUAGGGAAGGGUACAGAGUUAUUUGUAAAACAAUGUUAAAUUUGUUAGAGGAUUGGAAUAAGAAAGAAAUUCAGGGGGUGGGACGCAAGGCGAGGCCUCCCAUGGAAACUAGUAUAAAUCUGGUUGGUGAUGAAGGGGACAAGGAGGCUAAUGCCACGGUUCAGAAACCAGAUGCGGAAGGCAAAGGAUGCAGACUGAAGCGGCCCACGAAAACAUUGUUGAGUCCAUUCACUGAUCCCUCCAGGAAAAAGAGGCCGACUACUGGUUUUCAUGCACAGACACCUGAGGCCUGUUUUGAUCCAACACAACCCGUGGCCAUGGACGAUGUGAAGGCUAUGAUACAAGUUUGCAAGGCUUGGAAAAGUGACAUCAGUGCGGAGCUGGAGCUCGAACCAUUUGUAGUUGGGGCAGAUUUUUUUUACAAACUUGUAGAUGAAACUGCAUGGAUGAGCUCGAGGCACCUUGACAUGGCCAUGUUUCUAAUACGCAAAAGACAACUCUCUCAUCCUCAAGUAUUUGGAACGGAGUGGACAACUGCCGAGUUUUGUCUGCAGAUGGCUGACAUUGUUACAGAACAGUGGAUUCAAAUUCAGGGCCUUGAGCAGGCUCUUCAUAUUACACAAAUUUUGACAUUUGAUCAUGCCCUCUUGUUUGCUGAGAGAAAAAAGAAAAAAGAAGAAAGAUUUGGCUCCUCCUCGUGUUGCAUAGGAACCCAAACCCAACGCACCAAAGGACAGAAAAAAAAAUUGAAAUAUUACACCACCUCAACAUCUGUGUUUCUGUUGUGUGAACUCCACCUCAACUCCAAGCUUUUGAAGCUAAAUAGGAAGGAAGUUCCGGUCUCGAGAAGCACCCCCGGCCCACGUCUCGUGCGGUUGUUGCUUCGUUUACCAAAAUAA